AUGCAGGGUGCUACGUCCUCUUCAACAGUGGUAAGGGAUGAUGUGCGGCAGCGUCUAUGGAGCUUGAAGAUCGUCCCUCGGUUCCGCCACUUCUUAUGGAGAGUGCUUAAAGGGAUUGUCCCGACGAGGCAACGGCUAUGGAAUAAGGGUGUUCGUUGUCCACUUUUCUGCCCUCGGUUUGAUCAAGCUGCGGAGUCCGUUGAACAUGCUUUACGUGAUUGCCCAUGGUCAAGACGGAUGUGGUUUGCAUCUCCUCUAGGUUUCUCAUGGCCUGCGGAUCUAUCUCAGAGUUUUGGUGAAUGGUGCUGCUCUUUGUUGCUUGAUGCGCCUCAGGAGGUGGUGGAAAUUUUUGCUACAGUUUGCUACUAUAUAUGGAGGGCACGAAACCUCCUGUGCUUUGAUGAGAAGGAGAGCUCUGAGAUGGGUGUGGUCUCUCUUGCAAUGAAUACCUUGCACGCAUACAAGGAAACGCAGCAGCAGAUGGAGACGCACAGUACAGCACCUAGGGACAGAUCAAAACAGAAGUGGAAUGCGCCUCCGUCUUAUUGUGUGAAGGUGAAUGUUGACGCUUCUGGAUCGGGAUCAUCAUGGGGUUUGGCGGUUGUCAUCCGAAAUCAUUUUGGAAACGCCAUAGCUGCUCAACACAGGCCCUUAUUGCAGAUUUUGUAG